UCCUGCAGCAGCUUGACAGAUGUCAGAUUGUGAUUCACAACAAACCACCUCAUCACCACUUUAGUUUGUUUCACUUUACUGAUCUGAAGCAUGAGGAGUGCAGUGGAGAGGUUGCUGUGGGCCUGCAUUAUCCUGGAUUCUGGUGUGUGCUCGAUUUCACUGCCAGAAAUCAGUGAUUUGAAGUUCAUUGAGGAAUGUGUGAAAGAGCACAACUGGGCGCGGUCGUCUGUCAGUCCCCCUGCUACUGACAUGCUGUACAUGACGUGGGAUGAGGCCUUAGCCAUUACUGCAAAAGCGUGGGCAAAACGCUGUAUAUUUGAUCACAACAUUUACCUCAAAGAUGCUCCCCGUGUGCACCCUACCUAUUCCUCUGUGGGAGAAAACAUAUGGACAGCCUAUCCACCAUCACAAUUUAAUACAGCAAGAGCCAUAAAGAGUUGGGUGGAUGAAGUAAACAACUACAGCUACCAAAACAACAGCUGCAAUCAUGUUUGUGGCCACUACACACAGGUUGUGUGGGCCAGCACCUACAAAGUUGGAUGUGCUGUACAGCUGUGCCCAGAUGGCAUCAAGUACUUCGCUAAUAAAAAAGGUGUCCUCUUUGUAUGCAACUAUGCCACAGCGGGUAAUAUUAACAGACGGCGCCCAUAUGCAUCUCAGGGGGGAGCCUGCUCUAGAUGCAGUGGCACUUGUGAGAAUAAGCUCUGUCGUAGUGCUGAACGUGAUUCACAGAAAAGCUACAACUGGAGCCCAGACUGGGACACCUCAGAUACCAGCAGCUCUAGCUCUGUCAGUAUUCUGAUCGCUCGGCCGGUUGCCCUCAGCUUCACUUUCAUUACAGCGUAUGUAGUCCACUACUUCUACCCUGAUGUAUUCUGCUAUGAAUAAAGCAGCUUGGCCUGAGCAACACUGAUUUCUUUUAGACAUUAAGCAAAUUAUUCUCUGUCCAUGUGAGGCUUAGGCCCAACUCUGCUGUAGAUGAACUAAGAAAAAUGUAACAUGUACAAAAAUUAAUAAAAUUACUUUUAUUUCUGAUUAA